UUCUCAGUCGAUGCAAACAUGAAAGUCCUGGUCCUUGUCACUCUGGGUCUGGUCGCCCUGGCCGCCGCCCGACCCUCUGACAUCAUCGAUUUCGAGGAGGACCACAUGGAGCACGAGCAGGAGGGCGUGCCAGGAACGGCCGUGGAGGGCGAGUACUCGUGGGUAGCGCCCGACGGGAACGAGUACUACGUCAAGUACGUCGCCGACCGUUUCGGUUACCGCAUCGUCGAGGACAACGUUCUGCCAGAGUUCCGUGACGCCAAACCUGACGGUGAAAUGGCCGAGGACGAUGACGACGACGACGCUGCUGAAUUCCGUGCUGAUGAGGACGAGGAGGACGACGAUUAGAGUACAACAUAGUUCAAAUAUUGGUGUGAGAACCGGGAUAAUUCACACCGUAAGUGAAGUACAUUACAAAUAACAUUGUAAGAGAAAUGUAACUGUAACUGAACGUAAGAUAAUAAAACACUUUUGUUAAA